CACAAGGCGUGCUCAUCAGCUGUGUGGUGGUGAUCAUCUUACGGUCUCAAAAGGAAUAAAUUUUAGGUACCAGGUGUGUUUUCGGUUGCAGUAAUCUGCAAAAGAAGCAAAAUGGCCGUUGAGAAGGCCGGCAUCGCCAAAGAUGUCACUGAAUUAAUUGGAAAAACCCCGUUGGUGUAUCUGAACCAUGUCAUGGAAGGUUGUGUUGCUCGUAUUGCUGCCAAAUUGGAAAUGAUGGAGCCCUGCUCCAGUGUAAAAGACAGGAUUGGUUAUAGCAUGAUUGCAGAUGCUGAGGCGAAGGGCCUUAUCACACCUGGACAGAGUGUCCUCAUCGAGCCAACAAGUGGUAAUACUGGGAUAGGAUUAGCCUUCAUGGCAGCAGCUAAGCAUUACAGGCUUAUCAUUACAAUGCCUGCUUCAAUGAGUCUUGAAAGAAGAAUCAUCCUCCGGGCCUUUGGAGCUGAGUUGGUUCUCACAGAUCCUGCAAAGGGCAUGAAAGGGGCUGUUCAGAAGGCUGAAGAGAUAUUGGCAAAGACACCUAACGCCUACAUUCUUCAGCAGUUUGAAAAUCCUGCCAACCCUAAGAUACAUUAUGAAACGACUGGACCAGAGAUAUGGGAAGGUUCGGGAGGGAAAGUAGAUGCUUUUGUUUCUGGGAUAGGCACAGGUGGAACUAUAACAGGUGCAGGGAAGUUUCUAAAGGAGAAGAACCCUGACAUAAAGCUGUAUGGUGUGGAACCAGCUGAAAGUCCAGUCCUAACUGGAGGAAAGCCUGGUCCCCACAAGAUCCAAGGAAUAGGAGCUGGUUUUAUCCCGGGUGUUUUGGAAGUCAAUAUCAUCGAUGAAGUUGUUCAAAUAUCAAGUGAUGAAGCAAUUGAAACAGCGAAGCUUCUCGCACAUAAGGAGGGUUUGCUUGUGGGAAUAUCAUCUGGAGCUGCUGCCGCCGCUGCAAUUAAAAUUGCAAAGAGACCAGAAAAUGCUGGAAAGCUCAUUGUUGUGAUAUUUCCAAGCUUUGGGGAGAGGUAUCUCUCCUCUGUCUUGUUUGAGUCCGUGAGACGGGAAGCCGAAAGCAUGACUUUCGAGCCCUGAGCUGAUUCCUCGGUUUCUGGCUGCUUCAAGUUUUAACCGGUGGAACCGAAUUGUCUCGCUUCUUAAGUUAAAACUAACAUAAUCCGGUAGUGUUUUACUUAUGUUGUCGGGGUUUUGGCUGGUUCUCUAUACAAUUCUGAAGUGCAACUUCACCCGUUUAAGAGUUUUCCAGACUAUUACUAUUCACAUUAA